AUGGGAUUACUCUCCAACAAGAUCUCCAGAGAUGAUCUCAAGCCAGGAGAUCACAUCUAUUCAUGGCGUUCUUACAUCUACUCCCAUCACGGAAUAUAUAUAGGCGAUGGGAAAGUCAUCCAUUUCACUCGUGGAGGUGGUCUAGAAAUCGGAACCGGAACUUUUCUGGACAAUAUCAUUGUUAGUUCUGUUCCAAAUCAUGGAGGUGACAAUCCUUGUUCUAACUGUGGAGAUCAAUCUAAUCUCGAUGGUGUGAUCACUUCUUGUCUAGACUGUUUUCUCUCCGGAGGAAAUCUCUAUCUCUUCGAGUACAAUGUCUCAAAGGCUAUCUUUCUCGCCAAACACAGAGGCGGUACAUGCACAACAGCACCUUCAGAUCCUUCUGAAGAAGUCAUUUCCCGUGCGAAGUUCCUCUUGGCUAGAAACGGGUUUGGUCACUACGAUCUCUUAGAGAACAACUGUGAAGAUUUUGCUAUCUACUGCAAAACUGGCUUGCUUGUGUUAUCGAUCACAAAGUUGGGGACUAGCGGACAAGUGAAUUCGUUUUGUGCAGCUGGUGGUGUUGUUUCUUUGACGCUUAAGGUUUUAGGUGUUGGGAAAAGCGGUGGUCAAGCAGCUUCUGUGGCCGCGUCUCAAGCUUCGAUGGUUUCUGCUGCAAGCAAUGUUCUUUCUUCGACGAUUGGAUGUGUAGCUACAGGUGUUGGUGCUUUGGCUUUGACGGGGUAUGGUAAUUACUGCAUUGGUCGUUUUGUUUACGACGUCGGUGUCAGAAAAGAUGUUCGCAAGGUCCCUGUGGAAGAGCUUGUUGUCAUUGUAGAAGCCAUGAAAGGCGGCAAAUUGGACAACAUCAACAACAACACCAACAUUUGUAAAACUGCUUAA